UAUGUGUUUGUUAUGUAGGUACCUAGGUAGGUAUGUACAAUUGUACACGUUAGAAAGUCGCAAGUCAGUGAUUUCAUCUUUAUUGAUACGGAGACUAGUUAAAAGUGGUACGUUUGUUAAUAAUUUUCAAAACUUGAUUUAUAUGUCCUAACUUUAUUUGAUCAUGACUAUUCGGUUACGCGCGACUAUGAUUUAAAGCAAAGAAGAAAUACACUAUGUUUAAUCAUUGAUUAAGAACAUUAAAGGGAAACCUCUGUAAAUAUGUCGCGCGAAGUAAAUAACAGUCUUAAUCUAUUGAUUGAAGGUUUGGGUUUAGAUUCAGAGGGGAAAGAUUUCUGUGACUUUACAAUAGCAGAUCAAAACUCAGUAGCAGAAUCUCAAGGAAUUACGCCUACUACUCCAUCUAAUUUCAAACCGGUACUUGGCGGCAACGUCACCUACGUCGUUGCUUGUGUUAUUAUAAACGAGUUCAAUGAAGUACUUAUGAUGCAAGAAGCAAAAGAAAGCUGUGCUGGGAAAUGGUAUUUACCUGCUGGCAGAAUGGAAAAAGGAGAAACAAUUGUACAGGCUGCCGUAAGAGAAGUGUUAGAGGAAACUGGUCUUCAGUGUGACCUCAAAACUUUACUUGUUGUAGAAACCGCUGGGGGUUCCUGGUACAGGUUUGUACUUACAGGAGAAAUUAUUGGAGGUGAAUUGAAAACACCAGCAAGAGCUGACAAAGAAUCAUUACAAGCUAAAUGGAUAUCUAGUUUAGAAGAAAUCACAUUAAGAGCUAAUGAUAUCAUACACCUAAUUGAAAAGGCUAAGCUUUAUAAACAAACAAAGCCUAACAAUUGGCAUAAAGAAAUUUUGCCUGCCUCCACACCUCAUACAAAAGAUUUGCUCAGGUUAAUAGUUGUGAUAAAAAAGAGAAGUACAAACAGAUUACAUGUACUACUUAGUGAAAAAACAUCAAUACAUUUCCCAACUUCUGAAAUAAAUCCUAAUAAAAGUCUACACUCCACUUUACGAAGAUUUAUGGUUGAAAUGUUUGGAGCAGAUGUGAGUCAACAUCGACCACUUGGUUUGCUUAAUGUAGAGGCAGAUCCAAGUGCUGAUGGGUGUUGUCUCACACUCCUAGUUGCAUUUAGAUCUCCUCUUGAGGAAGUCCCUCUUAUCGGUAAAUGUGCUUGGCAAGAAGUAUCCCAAGAGUUGGAGAAAAAGCUACUUAUAAUGAUAACAAACAAAAAUUCCACUAUUGAGUUACAUGUUGUCCGUUAAAACUUAAACUAAAAAUAAAUAUUGGCUUAAAUUAUUACUUAUUUCCCUUAAUAAAACUAUUACUGAUUUUAUCAUAUUAAGCUACACUAUUUUUAUGUUCAUAAAAUUACAUAUAUAAUUAAUAAUUAAACUAAGUGUACUAAUCUAAUUUAACAAAUAAUAGUAUUCCGUCCAUUCUUAUAAGAUAUUUUAACUUAUUACACUAUGUUAAUAAUCUGAUACUUAAUAAAUGCUUUAUGUAGUUAUUACAUGUUUGCAUUACAUUUUAUUUUACAAUAUUAACUGACUUUCAUUAAUACUUAUCUUUUAAAGUUUAGAUUUCAAGUUCUAAUCAAAUCUGUUCUUAAAGUAUUUUAUUGGUGAAUAAAUUUUAUAAAAUUAAUCUCCAUAAGAUUACUUUUAUAAAUGUUUCCUGAUUAAAUGAAUGAUUAUACUAGUUUUAGGGGACAACUUUGAACUGAAUUUCAAAAUGGUCUUAGGCCUAUUUUUGGAAUUGGUCUAACACUUAAAGCUUUGCACAUAAUUACAUAAUAUAGUUGCUCUCCAUUACUUGAUAAAUUUUAAAUUAAAAUGCAUAUAUGAUAACCCUCAGAAAAUUGAUUGUUAUUGUUUGUGGUAAGAAUGGUAACUUAACAUAAACUCAAUAAAAUGUUAAUAAACUACUGAAAACUUGUUUAUUGUAGAUAUACUGUUAUAUUUGGAUUUUUAAAUAAGAAAUUGAAAAUAGUUAAUACUUAUAUCCAAACAUUUCAAUGAAGAUACAGAAAGUUAGACCAUAUGCAACAUCAUUGUAGAUUAAGAAAGAUGAAUAUAUUUUGAAGAUCUUUCACUAUUAAUAGUCGAAACGAGAUGAUCGAUCGUUUGUUUUUUUUCCCUACCUAAUCGUUGGUAGCCUAAGAGGCUAU